GAGGUAAGAGGGCGGGAGGCAGUAUUUUUUGCGUCGCUCGUUGCGGACAACAGUAUGUGUUUGCAUAUUACAGCGGAACAACGUGUUUCAUUUUUUUUCAUUGUAUCAAGCUGAAGAAACUGGCUUCGAGAAGUUGUAAACGAGACGUUGACUCCUUUUGUUAUAUUUGCGGCAAAUUUAUUAAAGUAAGAGAGAAAAAGUUUGAUUUUAGUACAAAUUUAAAGAUUUGCGAGGCAUAUCAAGCUUACUUCUAUCUACCUGUAAAAAAUCAAGACAAAAAAUGAGCUUCACAUGUAUCAUGUAACUCUUGCAGAUACAUUCUGGACGGUUGGUACAGAGGUGAAAAAAGAGCAAUGAAGUUUGCAGUGCCGAGAAUUUGGAGGGAACCCAGUGAUCAUCACACCGACUGUUAUUUUUGUAUUGUAAAUCCACUCAAAGGUAAAAAUUCAAAGAAAACAUAUUAUCCUGAUCUACCAUCAACAUCGGCUCCAAUACCACAUACAUUGUUCAUACAAUGACGGAAGGAUUAGAAAAUAAAGAUUAUCAUAUUUACUUCGAUAAUUUUUUCACAACCGUGAACCUCGUGCAGACAAUGUACAAGAGAAAUAUAUUCUGUUGUGGUACUGUUAGAGUGAAUAGAAAAAAUUUGCCCAUUCACUUCCAAAGUGAUAAAAGUUUAUCUCGUGGCCAUUCGGACUGGUUUAGUAGGAGAGAUAUGAUUUCAUGCAUAAAGUGGAAGGACAAGAGAGUAGUUACGCUUCUCUCUACUAUACAUUCUCCUACAAACAAUGCAUCUGUUGGAAAAAGAGAAAAAGAUGGCACAAUCACGGAAAUAGCUUGCCCCAUUGCUAUAAAAGACUAUAGGCGUUGUAUGGGAUGCGUUAACAAAGCUGAUAUGCUGAAAUCCUACUAUGCUAUAGAUAGGAAAAGUCGGAAGUGGUGGCACCGAUUAUUUUGCCAUUUCUUGGACACAUCCAUUGUAAACUCUUAUAUAUUGUUCAGAGAGAAAACUGGAAAUAAAAUGAAACUUAAGGAAUUCCGUCUCGAAGUUGUAUCUGGUUUGGUUGGAGCCAAUUCAUUGAAAGAAAACUUAGGAAGGUUAUCAGAUACGCCUGCCCAGAGCAUUUUCAAAGUUCAUGUAUCCAAGGAACUUAGAAGUGAUCAAUUCAAGCACAUGCCCGAGUAUGGAAUAUCAAGGCGUUGUGCACAUUGUAGGAGUGCUAAGGAACCGCAUCGCACCAGAUGGAGCUGUAGUGUGUGCAAAGUGGCUUUGUGCAAGUCAGCCAAUAAAAAUUGUUUUGUCGAAUUUCAUAAAGUUUGAAAUGUCAUAAUUACCGACUAUGUAUUGUUAAAUUUUUUCAAUAAAUUAUUUUUGUUUAUUGUUUUCGAACUCGAAAGGCAAAGUGGUUUCACUUUGCCUUUUCAAAAACCAUUUUUUCUUCACUCGACUCUUGUAUUUUCAUGUCCAGUUGACUCCAAUAAACAGUAAGUCACUGAAAGUUUUAAUAAAAACUCGAUUUA